AUGUCGAAUAUUAUUCCUUCAUCGGUGAAACAAGCAGUCAUGGGUCACAAAGCAGCAAAAGCAGAUCAACUGACGGCUUACACUGUUGAGCCAUCCAAAAAUAGUAGAAUCACAUCUGAUUUCGGCACAAAGCAGACCAACACAGAUGACUGGCUACGGGUCAAUAGCAAGGACCAGAUAGGCCCAAUGCUCCUAGAAGAUCCCUUUGGGCGCGAAAAGAUUCAUCGAUUCGAUCAUGAACGUAUUCCGGAGCGAGUAGUCCAUGCCCGAGGCACUGGAGCUUUCGGGACAUUUCGUCUCUUCGAAUCUGCCGAGGAUGUAACUCAUGCCAACGUUCUUACUGAUACAUCACGCGAGACACCUGUUUUCCUCCGCUUUUCAACUGUACUUGGGAGUCGUGGUUCAGCUGAUACUGUCCGCGAUGUGCGCGGCUUCGCAGUCAAGUUUUAUACACAAGAGGGUAACUGGGAUAUUGUGGGCAACAAUAUCCCCGUCUUCUUCAUUCAAGACGCAAUCAAGUUUCCUGAUCUCAUCCAUGCUGGAAAACCAGAGCCUCACAACGAAGUUCCACAAGCCCAGUCGGCCCACAACAAUUUCUGGGAUUUUGUCCAGAUGCACUCUGAAGCUACGCACAUGUUCAUGUGGACCAUGUCAGAUCGUGCCAUUCCUCGCUCAUACCGAAUGAUGCAAGGAUUCGGAGUUAACACGUUCACACUUACCAAUGCGGCUGGUAAACGCUCAUUUGUCAAGUUCCAUUUCACUCCAGAACUUGGAGUGCACUCUCUUGUUUGGGACGAGGCGCUCAAGCUCGCUGGCCAAGAUCCUGAUUUCCACCGAAAGGAUCUUAUGGAAGCCAUCGACAACGGGGUAUUCCCCAAGUGGAAGUUUGGCAUACAAACAAUUGACGAAUCAAAUGAACAUGACUUCGAUUUCGAUAUUCUCGACGCCACAAAAGUGUGGCCAGAGGACUUGGUUCCUAUUCGUUACAUCGGCGAGCUCGAACUGAACAAGAACGUGGAUGAAUUCUUUACCCAGACAGAGCAGGUUGCAUUUUGCACAGGCCAUGUUGUGCCAGGAAUAGGCUUCUCAGACGAUCCUCUCCUCCAAGGUCGCAACUUUUCUUACUUUGAUACUCAGCUGAGCCGACUGGGCACGAAUUGGCAAGAAUUGCCCAUCAACAAACCAGUCUGUCCAGUCAUGAACUUCAAUCGUGACGGUGCCAUGCGACACACUAUUUCUAAGGGCAAGGUCAAUUAUUGGCCAAAUAGAUUCGAAGCACAACCACCUGCGACCAAAGAAGAGGGCGGCUAUGUCGAUUACCCGGAAAAGGUUGCCGGAAUCAAGGAGCGAGCAAAGAGUGCCAAAUUCAAGGAUCAUUUCUCUCAGGCACAGCUCUUCUUCAAUUCGCUUUCUCAAAUCGAAAAGUCUCACAUGUUGGCGGCGUUCUCAUUCGAACUCAGUCAUUGCGACGAGCCGAUAGUCUAUGAGCGACUUGUGAAACGGCUAGCUGACAUUGAUCUUGGCCUCGCCCAAUCUGUCGGGAAGAUGGUGGGAGGGGCAAUCCCAGACAAUGCAGGACAGGCGAAUCACGGGAAGAAGGCCAAGGGCAUUAGCCAACUGGAGUAUCUCCCCGAUAAGCCUAUCAUUGCUUCUAGGCGAAUUGGUAUCAUUGUUGCCGAUGGAUAUGAUCCCAUUGCCUUCAAUGCACUUUAUGGAGCAGCGCAGGGAGCCAAAGCUGUCCCCUUGGUGAUUGGCACGCAUAGAUCUGAGACGUUUGCAGAUGGAGAAAGCCAAUCAGGCAAAGGCAUUAUUCCGGAUCAUCAUCUGGAAGGCCAGCGCAGCACAAUGUUUGACGCUCUGUUUGUACCAGGAGGAAAGCAAGCCAUUGAGACACUUUCCAAGAAUGGCCGAGCACUGCAUUACAUCCGCGAGGCGUUUGGUCACCUCAAGCCUAUUGGGGCCACUGGAGAAGGUGUUUUAUUGGUCGAGAAAGCACUUCAGCUGCCAGAUCAAGUAGCGAUCUCGAGUGACAACGAAGCUGUGGAGAGCUAUGGCGUGGUUACACUGAAGAGCGUGCAUCCUGAACGAUUGGGUGAGUUGGUAUCCGCUGCGAAGAAUGCGAAGGGAUUCUUGGAUAAGUUUGUCUACGCAAUCAGCACUCAUCGCUGCUGGGAGCGCGAGAUUGAUGGUCUCAGCACCAUGGUGGCAUAUUAG